AUGUCGUAUACGAAGCAGAAAGACCUCAGCCCCAUGAUCGUCACACCGAUCGGGUGGGGGCUCCACCAGCGAGGGAAAGCGAGUACCCACGUACUACAAGACUUUGACCAAGAUACACUCGUUUUUGCUCGCGACAUCCCUGGACCAGAGAAGCGCAUCCGCUAUUUGUUUCAAGUGCGGAGAGCUCAGUGGGAACUGGCCGACGGGAGACGGAAGCUGACAGCAAGCUUGGCGAUUAUCGAUUCCGAUGCGAAUAGACGAAGCAUCCAGGUAUCUGUCACGGAGAUGGACGAAAACUCGAUUAAGGUGGCCUGUGAUCACUGGGCUAGUUGUGAGAGCAAACUGCACGCAGAGUACUUGAUGAUUCAGUGGACUCAAUUUGCUGUAUGGUGGGAGCAACUGACAGUGCCGUCCAACUUGCUUCUUUAA